CCCGCCCCCGCGAGGGCGGCGCGAUGGCGCGAAGGCAGCCGCGCGUCGCGCAUCGCGGGGCGCUGCGCGAAGUCCUACGAUUGGCAUCAUUUCUCAUGCACGCCAAUCUUUGGCUUCCCUCAGCUUCUGAGGGCGCAGCCCCAAGAUUGUCAUCUUCAUUUCGGCUUCUUCCGUAACCAAUUUGGCUCAAGGCUCUUCCGUUGCAGCUUCCAAGCGGUUUGGCUCGGCCGGCAGUGAUUUGCGUGCACGAUCCCAGCCAUCCGCCAGAUUGGACUGCUUGCGUGCAGUUCUUCGCGAUGGCGCAGGCGCGCCACACGGCCCGUCUUUUUAGCGGCGACCAGGGCGCGACCUUGCUCAAGGAGCCCCCCGCCCGCCCCGUGAUGCGCCCGGCGCAGCGCUUCUCCCUCAGCGCCCUCAAUGAGGGCGGCGUGCGAUCCCGCCCCCCGAUCACCGACGAGGAGCUCGCCGCCUUUCGGUCGCGGCCGCGGCCCGCGCCUGAGGCGGCGCCCAUUGCGGCGGGCAGCAGCGCCGCCCCCGCCGACGCCGGAGAGCCCGACGGCGAAGCCGCGGAAGAGCCGAUGCAUUGGGCGGGCGCGGCGGUGCUGGCGCUCCGCGCGCGGCGGAACCGCGGAGACACCGCCACCGCGGAGGCCUCGGGGCCUCUUGUGCCGGCGAAGCCGUCGUCGGCGCCGCGCGCCGCGUUCAGGUCCGGGGCCCAGUCGUCCCACCUUGCCUCCGGUGGUUCGCCGGCGUAGGGCGCGGCGGGUGGCUUCCGCCUGGCGCCGCGCAGAACGGGGGGGGGGCUGAGCGAGGUCGUCAUCGUGGGAGCCCAUGGAGGGCCCCAAGCAAGCAACAUGCCCCAAGAGGGUCCCCGCGCUGCACCCGACGCCGCCCGCUGUGGGAGGCGCCGCCGCGUCGGACUCUGACUUUUCCUCUCUGGGGGCCAGCCGUCGGGCUCUGACUUUUCCGCUCUGGGGGCAAGCGCUGGCUAGUCUCAAUGCAGGUGGCCCUUUCGCUUGCCAUGGGCGGAGCUCCAGUGCAAUUGCGUGCGCCACGCCCGCUGUAGGGGG